UCCUGCAGUUUCCUUUGGGAAGAAGGAAACCCGAAGAACGGAACUACUACUACUCCUAGUCUCUUCAUAUAUAAAUCAGAUAGAGAGGCCAACUGCGUGCGUUCGCCAUUGUGGAAAAGCGCGCAAAGCGGAUUACGGCUACGCUUUGGUUCCUGAUCUCCCGUUCCUAAGCUUAUAUCUCUCGCUAAUAAACCUUAAACAAUUCUUCUUACUUAGGGUUUAUGUUGCUGAUCUUCUUGAAUUGAAGUCACGCAGAGCUUCGACUUACAGUAACGCUCAUUUAACCGAUCCAAUACUUAUCAUACCUCAUGGCUGAAAUAGUGAUAAAGGUUAAAUAUGGUGAUACACUUAGACGAUUUAAUGUGGAUGUUCAUGAGAAUGGAUCCGUGGAUCUUGACAUGGAUAGACUAAGAGUAAAGAUCCUCUAUCUCUUCAAAUUUGCUCCUGAUACAGAUCUUACCCUGACAUAUAUUGAUGAGGACAAAGAUGUAGUAACACUAGUGGAUGAAGAUGAUCUGCUUGACGCAUUUAAGCAGUGCCUGAAUCCCCUGAGGAUAAAUGUAUUAUUGAACAGUAAUCGAGCUGGAAGAUCUGAAACAAGAUUAAGUGGAAGUUCUACUCCCAUGAGAACACCCCGUUCCCAAAGUUCCCACAGUCAUUCAUUGUCAUGCAUCAACUCUGGUGCUGCUGAUGUCUUGAAAUCUGUGCCAGAGCCUUUGCUUGAUGCAGUAUCAAAGCUCUCCCUUGAUUUGGCAUCAAAGGCUGUAUCCUCUAAUACAGUACUUGCUGAUAUUGUUGAGAACUUGUCUUAUUUAGGACUAUCUCACCUAGGCUCAGUUUCUCAGAACCAGACAAGUGCAGUGUCUCCUACACAAAGUAAGACUUCAGAAAACCCAGUGGAUCUCAAUGACAUCAAGGAUCCAAUGGUUUCAAAAGACACUAUAAUAAUACCAAAGACAUUGCCCAUUGCUAAGCCUGUUGAUUCAACUCAUUUGAGAAAUGAACAGGAGUCUGAUAGUGGUAAUAUCAGCAAAGGUGUCUCAGACUCGAGUCCUCCAACCACCUCCAUGGUUCAUAAUCUGGAUCUUCCAAGAGAUUCAGCUGUACCUGGAUGCCCUCCAGUGGAUGUCACUUCUGCUGGGGCUUUGGGGCACAGUGAUCUUUCAAGUGACAAUGGAAAGAACCUUCAAGAGGAAUGUGAUGAUAAUCAUAAGGGAAUUUCUGCUCCAACUUUGGAACAGCUCACCAAAUCUCCUGCUAAUCAUUUGGUGCAUCCUAAUCCUCGUUCUCAUCCAGUUUCUCAUACAUCCAUUCCACGUGUCCCCCAAUCUUAUUCCUUGGGGGAUUCUAGCGUCUUGGAUGAAGAUAACAGCAGGAGACUUGCUACCUGUACUGGACAUUCUUCAUCACAAGUUAGUUUCAAUCCUGUGAACAACUAUGGGCAGAUUGGAGCAGUAGAUGUCUCUGAUGUUUUCCCUCCUGGUGGGUACACCCGUUUUCCUCCAUUUAAAAGGGGCUAUGGUAAUUGUGAUAGCAUGGGAAGAAUAUUCCAUAAGGGUGUUAGGUGUGAUGGUUGCGGCAUCCAUCCAAUAACUGGCCCCCGAUUCAAGUCCAAAGUCAAAGAAGAUUAUGACCUCUGCAGUAUUUGCUUCUCAGAAAUGGGCAAUGAGGCUGAAUACAGAAGAAUUGAUCAUCCAAUAUCUUAUCGCUCAUCACGUUCAUUUAAGGAGUUUGCUGAUCCUUUUCACCAUUCCCGAUUUACCCCUUUACCACAUAUGCGAGGUUGUGGAGUGAAGCAAUAUCGAUCAAAAAUUGACAGUCGUUUCAUUCAAGAUGUAAAUGUCAUUGAUGGAACCAUGAUGGCCCCAGCAACUCCAUUUACCAAAAUAUGGAGAAUGCGCAACAAUGGUUCUAUUCCAUGGCCUCAUGGCACACAACUUGUGUGGAUUGGUGGAGACCAGCUCACUGAUAAAGGUUCUGUUUAUGUAGAGCAUAUUCCAUUGGAGGGCAUCUCUGUUGACAGGGAACUAGAUAUUGCAGUUGAUUUUACUACACCAGAACAACCCGGUCGGUACAUCUCAUACUGGAGGAUGGCAUUACCAUCUGGUCAAAAAUUUGGACAGCGUGUUUGGGUUCUUAUCCAGGUGGAUGCGUCUCUGCAGAACUCAUUUUCCGAGAGUUUCCAUGGCUUGAACUUGAACUUACCUGCUGAGAGCACUGAACCAAAACACCAUGAGAACAUAGAUGUGAAUGCGGAUCCUAUGGAUGGUUGUAAUCUAGGCUCUGGCAUCAUCUCUAAUGCAGAGGUGGAAUUAGUGAAACCAGUGUUUGACGAGAAUGCAAACAAGGACAGUCAAUUUCCCAUAAACGAUGACUUGAUUGUUGGUGGUGGUGCUUCAGCUUCUGUUCCUUCGGAAAUUCCUGCAUCAGUGUCAUAUCCCAUCAUAGAUUUAUCUAUUGGUCCAUCUGAUCCUGCACCUCUCAAGGGUAAAGAAGUCACGGAGGCUAACAUGGUUGAGCAAACCCUUCUCAAGGAGCUUGAAGAAAUGGGGUUCAAGCAGGCUGACUUGAACAAGGAAAUUCUGAGGAUGAAUGAUUACAACUUGGAGAAGUCUGUGGAUGACCUCUGCGGUGUUGCUGAGUGGUUUCCAAUCCUAGAGGAGCUGCAAGAGAUGGGAUUUCAUGACAAAGAAAUGAACAAGAAAUUACUGAUUAAGAAUGGUGGAAGUAUCAAACGGGUGGUACUGGACCUUAUUGCAGGGGGAAAAGCUUAAUGGAAGGUGCUUUUUUACUGUCAUGCUUGAAUGCCUUCAAGGAAAGAAGACUAUGAAACUAGUAUAUAUUACAUUUAAUUUUAAUGCGACCUGCCUGUAUUUAAAUACAGAUUAAGUUAUUAGCAGUUCUAGUAGUCCAUCAAUUUCCUCCUGUUAAAUGGGUACAUGGAAAGUGAAGUCUUAUAUUUUCUUGGGUACAUAUUUAAGCAAUGGGAUGUCAGGUUACUUCCUUUU